CCUGCAGCUGGAGAAAGGGGAAGCAGUAGUGGUCACAAACCUUUAGGAAGUUGUGAAAUAUCCAUAUGUGAGCUGUGGCAGUGCCUUUCCUCUGAUAUCAAUGUCAGUGGUGGCAAAGGAUGAGCUUGGCUUACUUGCGCUGGCUAAGAAAAGUGCUGGUUGGACAGGACACACUUUCUCUCCUGGCUGGAGCUGGCAUAUAAAGGUAAACCUAAAUUGCCAGCCUUUGUCACUUCCUAAACACCUGCAGUCCAAACUCACCAUGUAAUCUCUGAAGAUACGUCUUAGCUUUAUCCUAGUGGGACUAUCUGUGGGCAUGAAGUAACCUUUCUUCAUCAGCCGGUAAUCCCUCAGUAUUUCUGAUGAGCUUAGGUUACCCACUCGAGUUUCUGCUGUAGGUUUACCCAGCUGCACAACGUAAUUUCCUGUAUCUGGCCAACCCAACCCUCCUUAAAGACUUGGAUGCUGUAGGGCGGUGAGAGGCUGGGUGCUGGCAGUGUUCAGUGCCAAAGUGAUUUUUCCUGAUGGGAAUUUUUUGGCAGUUCUUCACUUUUACGUUUAUGUGGUGAGUUGUAGACUACAAGGUUGCUGUCUUCUCCUGUUUCCAUAAUACGCCUAGUCUGAACAAGCAUGUUUCUUUUGCCACAGGGUUUAGGCUAACUCAGUAACCUUGGGCUCUGGAGGAGAGACUGCUGGUUAAUCUUCAUCCCAGACAUGACAGUGGCAGUGCUUGCACAUCAGAGGUGACAUCUGGAGAUCCUUAGCUGAUGCUUUACAGUCUGUGCUCCUAACUAUGGAAAGCUGGUGGUCAUCCACAGAUAGCCACACGAAGCCCUGUUCUGCAACACUGACGAUGAGACAAGGAUCGUUCUCGUCAGAUUUUCUGUCCCUGACAAUAUAACUUGCUGUUCCUCUGCUGAAGUGACCUCUUGCAAGAAGCUCUUAGCCUCGGAUUUGAUCCAGAAAUCCUUGGAUUUUUCCCAGAAAUGGUAGCCACUGCUUGCUCAUCGGUGAGGCUGGGAGGAAGCAAACUAACUAGCUGUGUCUGCGUCUUGCACUCUGCACCGGCUGCUGUAAUCCAAAGGUUACAGUGCAGGAUUAGCAUGGGUAUACAAAGCCCUUCCUAAUCUGUGAGUCAUUACCUCCUCACUGCAUUUCACUUUCCAGCAGCUCUAGGUAGACAGGAUAGGUCGGCUCUUGAGUCUUUCAUUUCCCUGUUCUUCAGUUCGGGGAGGACAGGGUUGGGACGUAACAUCUCCUGGACAUCCUUCCCAGGGCUCUGCUGCUGAGCGACUCCUUGGAUGCUGUACACAGGGCACGUCACAAGGUGCGUGCCUGGGAGCAAUCACAAUGGCAGCACCGGUCCCAGCUCGCUGGAGGUGAAACCUGGAGCCACCUGGUCCCAUGUGAGUACUGCUGCUGCAUGAGAUCCCACGCCCUCCCAGCUCCCACGGCCCCCUGACAUCUGAUGAUACAGCGAGCCAUGGGCAGCGUCCGAGUCAACCGGUACAGCAUUGUCUCGACUGAAGAGGAUGGACACAAGGUCUCUGCUUUGGGCAGCAUGAAUGGGCACAGUAGAAACGGGAAGGGCCAUGCUCCCCGGCGGAAGCACCGCAACCGCUUUGUGAAGAAGAACGGCCAGUGCAAUGUCUACUUUGCCAAUCUGAGCAAUAAGUCUCAGCGCUACAUGGCUGACAUCUUCACCACCUGUGUGGACACACGCUGGCGAUACAUGCUUAUGAUAUUCUCUGCCGCCUUCCUGGUCUCCUGGCUCUUCUUUGGCUUCCUCUUCUGGUGCAUCGCUUUCUUCCAUGGUGACCUCAAUGCACCGGUGGUGGGAGGUGGUCCCUCUCUCCUCAAGCCCUGCAUCAUGCACGUGAACAGCUUCCUAGGGGCUUUCCUUUUCUCAGUGGAGACACAGACAACCAUUGGGUACGGCUUCCGCUGUGUGACUGAGGAAUGCCCUUUAGCUAUCAUGGCAGUUGUGGUCCAGUCCAUUGUGGGCUGUGUUAUUGACUCCUUCAUGAUUGGCACUAUCAUGGCCAAGAUGGCAAGACCCAAGAAGCGGGCCCAGACCCUCCUCUUCAGUCACCAUGCGGUCAUCUCCGUGCGGGAUGGCAAACUGUGCCUCAUGUGGCGGGUGGGCAACCUGAGGAGGAGCCACAUCGUGGAGGCCCAUGUCCGAGCCCAGCUCAUCAAACCUUACAUGACGCAGGAAGGGGAAUACCUCCCCCUGGACCAGCGGGACCUCAACGUGGGCUAUGAUGUGGGCCUUGAUCGUAUAUUUUUGGUCUCACCCAUUAUUAUUGUUCAUGAGAUUGAUGAGGAGAGCCCGCUUUAUGGGAUUGGCAAGGAGGAGCUGGAGACAGAGAACUUUGAGAUUGUUGUUAUCCUGGAGGGGAUGGUGGAAGCCACAGCCAUGACCACACAGGCACGAAGCUCUUACCUCGCUAGUGAAAUCCUUUGGGGUCACCGUUUUGAACCAGUUGUGUUUGAAGAGAAGAACCACUACAAAGUGGAUUAUUCACGCUUUCACAAGACCUAUGAGGUAGCUGGUACACCUUGCUGCUCAGCCCGGGAGCUGCAAGAAAGCAAGAUGACUAUCUUACCUUCUCCCCCACCUCCCAGUGCCUUCUGCUAUGAGAAUGAGCUGGCUCUUGUCAGUCAAGAUGAAGAUGAAGAUGAUGACGAAGUAGGUGUGGUGUUAGGGGGCAGCACUACAGAAGAGGGAGGUGUCAUCCAGAUGAUGGAUUUUGGAAGUCAUUUGGACCUGGAGAGGCUCCAGGCAACUCUGCCCCUAGAUACAAUCUCAUACCGCAGGGAGUCGGCCAUCUAACUCCUCCAGCCUCCUCAUUCCACAAUCGUUGCCCACCAUCUCCUCCUCCAUUCUGCACCCUUACAUAGCUGGAUAAGUCCCUUGCCCACCAAAAAAUUCCUCCCAUGACUGCCUCUCAGCCCCUGAGUACAUCAAGGCCUGGAGCUGCUCUGAUAUAUUCCCUUUCCCAUGAAGUCAUACUGCCUGGAAGAGGAGUAAGGAUACACCACUCUUCCUGUGUGUGCAGCUUGUGCUAGGACUCCUUUCCUGCCCAGAGACAGGAGAGUGGCGUGUCUAGUUUCUCAUCUCUGGAAAGAUGACAGGAGUCCCUGCCCUCAAUGGACAGACCAGGACCCGCAGGAAGUGUUUCUGCUGCUGAGGCAACAGCAGACUUUCUGUUCCCUCUUCAUGUGGGUAACCCCCAUGGCUGUCAAGAGUCAUGACUGUCACUAGGAGAGGAGCAAUACCCAAGCACUGACCAGAUGAGGAUGGAUGGGAGAGCUUAGGGCUCCUGGAGGGAUUGGGAAGGAUCUCAAGGGGGGGGUUUACUUGCAUGUUUAUUGCUCAUUACAGAUGACUGUAUAUAAAAGAAUGAGAACUGAAAUCCAUAUUCUUCCACUGCAAAUGCCAUGCUAGGAGAGAAGGACACUCUAUGUAGCCUGCUCUGCACUCUCCUUGGCUUUUGGCAUUUGUCACCUCCAGAAGCAGCUCAUCUCCACAGACUCAGACCCAGUUCUCCCAGUCCUCUUGAAAAACACAUCCUGCUCCUCUCCUGAGAUGCCUGGCAGAGGAGGCAGAGCCCUGUGCUUGCACAAUCAGACUGCUCCCUGGCACAGCAUGGCCAGGAUGACAGACAAGUGACCUAACUGGACAGCAGACCCUCAACUUGCUCCUUUCACCUUCUCUGUUCUCUCCCUGCUGCCAUCAGCUGUAAAACUGAGUUUGUAACUAUUUAUUUUUAAUAAAGUCUAUUAUCCCAGGGGAAGGUUUGGAAGCAAAAGAGAGAC